ACUUGUGUAUACAUAGUGUUACUCAAAGUUACUACUAGUAGCUCGUGGAACAGACCAAAUGCAGUGAAACAAGUUGCUUAGAAAAUCCAUCUAGAAUUUUUCUUUAAGAUAAUAAUUUACAUAUAUUAUUAAAAUUAUAUGUAAGCAAUAUUAUGGCAUAGCGUCGCUCAUUACCUAUGUCAGUAUCGCCGACUAAUCGUUUUUUCCACAAAAUCGCUUGUAAAAACAUCUGUGCAGAAAAAUAACAUUCAGUAGCUUUUUGGUAGAUGCUGAAAUGUCAAAACCCAUUACUUUCGUCACUGGAAAUGCAAAAAAGUUGGAGGAGCUGGUUGCCAUACUUGGUACGGAUUUCCCGCGCAAAUUAAUUUCGAAGAAAAUUGAUUUGCCGGAACUGCAAGGCGAAAUAGAGGAAAUCGCAAUUAAGAAAUGCAAAGAAGCCGCACGUCAAGUUGAUGGACCAGUUAUAGUUGAAGAUACUUGUCUUUGCUUCAAUGCAAUGACUGGACUACCAGGACCGUACAUAAAAUGGUUUUUGGAAAAAUUGAAACCUGAAGGCUUAUAUCGUAUGCUCAAUGGUUGGGAAGACAAGUCGGCUAAAGCAAUAUGUACAUUAGCUUUCAGCGAAGGUAUUGAACAUGAACCUAUUGUGUAUCAAGGCAUUACUAAUGGUGUCAUAGUGGAACCACGUGGUCCACGUGAUUUUGGCUGGGAUCCAAUAUUUCAACCUGAUGGUUACGAACUCACCUAUGCUGAAUUGCCAAAAAUUGAUAAAAACCUGAUCUCGCAUAGAUAUCGUGCAGUGGAAGCUUUUAGAAAUGCUUUUAAAGAUAAAUAGUUUUGGUUUUAUUUCGAAUAUAAAAAAAAAAAAA